AUGAUUAGACAAUUUCAAAAUGAAAAACGUAUUUGUCAAAUGAAAUGUGAUAAAUUACAAUCACAAUUAAAUACUGUUGAAAAUUUAUUGAAUACAACGCAUUUAACAGUAAAAAACACAUUGAUUGCAUUGAAAAAAGUUGAAGCAGAGAAACAAGAACUUUUAGUUACCCUUAAUUUAAACAAAUUUCAGGUUCGUCGAAUGGAUAAUAAACUGAAAAUGUUACGAGAUUCAAUUAUGAAUUCAGAAACUCGGCAGCUACAAAUGGAUGCUUUAGAAAGAGAAAUUGAAGCAGAAAUAAACAUGCGGAAGACAAAUUUAUUAUCAGAAUUACACUUGCUUAACGCAAACUUAGAAGAAAUACGCAAAGAUUUUAAUAAACGUCAAGCCCGUUUAUGUCACGUGAAAUCAAGAUAUGAAGUCAUGUUGAUUACACUGGGUAAAAAUGUAGAAAAUGAAGUAGGCUGUCGAAUGAGAUAUAUUUUAGAGGCAUUAAGUCAACGUCAAGAAUUAAGACAAAAAGGAGAUGACUUAGACAUUGAAGUCCGUACAGCUGAAGAAGAAUUAAGAGCACUGGAGAAUACAGUUCUAGUUAUGAAUUCAUUGAAUGAAAUGGCAAGAAUAGCUUUACCUAAAAACGUUCCAGAAGAAUCAAUGAUUGAAGAAGAAAAAAAAUUAAAAGAAUUAUUAAAACAAGCUGAAACUCAAUGGCAGCAAAUACGUGAAGAACGAAGAAAGCGACGAGCAGCCAUAAUGAAUCUUGAAUUACAAAGACAAGAAAUAAAUGAAUCAUUAAAUCUUUCAACUGAACGUGUACGCAGUGCAUCAGCAUGUAUAGAGAAAGCAUUAAAAUCUCUAUCAGAUAUUCAAGAGAGAAAUAAACGUUCUAAAAAACUUUAUCAUAAAGCAAUUCAAAGUUUAGGUAAACCUACACCAGAAAUUCGUUUAGAUGUUGAUAUCGAAGUCGAAAAUCAUCUCAAUCUGAAAGCCUGUCAUUACCAAUAACUAAUAUUGGAGAGAGCUUUGAUCUACACCAAUCACCUGAUACAAACAAAUCAUCAAUACGACAGACAUCAUCUCGAUCAUUUCGUACUGAUUCUAAUUAUGAUACAGUCAGUUCACAUGGAAGUUCUGAUAUUUUACCAGAAAAAGAUACAUAAUACAACCUAUAUUACUGAUAAUAGUAGUAUUGACAGUGAAAUUGAUAUACGAACUGAAUAAUA